AUGCAGGUGUCUAUCGCGUGUACCGAACAGAACCUUCGCAGCCGAAGCAGUGAGGACCGUCUGUGUGGACCCCGGCCGGGCCCCGGGGGCGGUAAUGGAGGGCCAGUCGGCGGGGGGCAUGGGAAUCCUCCGGGGGGUGGCGGGUCCGGCCUUAAGGCCCGAGCCGCUCUGGUUCCCCGACCUCCAGCGCCCGCUGGGGCCCUGCGCGAAAGCACCGGCCGAAGCACUGGCAUGAAAUACAGGAAUCUAGGAAAGUCUGGUCUUCGAGUGUCCUGUCUUGGCCUGGGUACCUGGGUCACAUUUGGUUCUCAGAUCUCAGAUGAGACAGCAGAAGAUGUGCUGACAAUUGCCUAUGAGCAUGGUAUAAACCUGUUUGACACCGCUGAAGUAUAUGCAGCAGGAAAGGCUGAAAGAACCCUAGGUAACAUCCUCAAGCACAAAGGAUGGAGGAGAUCAAGCUAUGUCAUCACCACCAAGAUUUUUUGGGGAGGACAGGCAGAAACUGAACGAGGCUUAAGUCGCAAACACAUCAUUGAAGGCUUGCGAGGAUCCCUGGAACGCCUCCAGCUGGAAUAUGUGGAUAUCGUCUUCGCCAAUCGCUCAGACCCUAACAGUCCUAUGGAGGAGAUUGUGCGAGCUAUGACCUACGUCAUCAACCAAGGGCUGGCCCUAUAUUGGGGGACAUCCCGAUGGGGGGCUGCAGAAAUCAUGGAAGCCUACUCCAUGGCCAGACAGUUUAAUCUGAUUCCUCCGGUGUGUGAACAAGUGGAGCACCACCUAUUUCAGAGGGAGAAAGUGGAGAUGCAGCUGCCUGAGCUCUAUCACAAGAUUGGUGUUGGUUCAGUCACUUGGUCUCCUCUGGCCUGUGGUCUCAUUACUAGCAAAUAUGAUGGGCGACUCCCAGAUACCUGCAGGGCCAGCAUCAAGGGCUACCAGUGGCUCAAGGACAAAGUACAGAGUGAGGAUGGCAAGAAACAACAAGCCAAAGCCAUGGACCUUCUGCCCAUUGCUCACCAGCUGGGCUGCACUGUGGCCCAGCUUGCUAUUGCCUGGUGUCUCCGCAGUGAGGGUGUCAGCUCGGUUUUGCUGGGGGUGUCCAGUGAAGAGCAGCUGAUGGAACACCUGGGCUCACUACAGGUGCUGAGCCAGCUUACACCGCAGAUGGUGAUGGAGAUAGACGGGCUCCUGGGGAACAAAUCACAUUCCAAGAAAUAGUCCCUGGGGAGCGCAGAGACUCAACCUGAUGCCGCUGCACCCGCCCAAGAAUCGCAUCUCCGCAGCCGCCCCUUUACUCCACCCCCGUAUCCCUCCACCCAGCGGCCAGAACCAGGGUAGCCCCGCCCACUGCAAAUUCUGGCUUGAGUAGCGAUGCGCAUGAACMAAGCCAUAUCCUUCCGCAGUGGGGCUUGAGAGAAAAAGUAAUCCGCCCACCCCGUGCUGCGUCCUUUUUAGGCCUUCUUCCUAAUCCUGGGCAUGAGCUAUGGGCGUACACUCUCUGCCGUUUGGUCUCGCUCCUUUCUCUCUUCUCCCUUGUGCCGGGGCCCAGAAAAAACACGGCAGAUGCAAGAACAUGCAGAGUACCUCAAAAGUGACCCUUGAAAUGUCAUCAAGGGGUAAGGACCUAAUAAGUGAGUUAUAAUGUUAUCUGGGACAUAGGAAAUGUGGUUUUACGAUAUUCCACACAAAGGCAGCCAGGCUGGUCCUGGCUGGAAGAAAAUGAAAAUCUCUGGGAAACCAGAACUCUACCUCCCAGCUCGGAGGUGCAAGACUUCAAUCUAGAACUACUGUAAUACCUUGUUCUUGCAGCGAGGGGCCAGAGUGGGGAAAACAGUGACAGCACCAGCAAAAGCAGAGGGAAAUUUGAUAGCAGAUGUACAGUGUGAUCUGGCCAAAAUUG